CUUCAAGUCGGCUGGCGCCUUUCCCCCCGCGGCCAGCACCUCUCCGUGCCGGUGACGCGGUCACCCCUGGCACUUGCCCUCCCACCUGGCCUCUCUUGCUCCCCGGGUGUGGAUCUGGCGGCCUCCGGACCCCUCAUCACCUUGUGGGGACACUGCCCAGGGCCUAGUCAUUUUGACCUUGAAGUGACCUCCUUGGAGGGAGAGCUACUUCCUGACACGGAAUUUUCAAGUGCCAUCGACUUGGCCAGAGGGCUGCGUCUCUGUUUAUUUGCAGCCGAAGCUCUUGCUUGAAGCGGGCACUUGGGAUUCCCAGGGCCGCCCGGAGCGUCUGGCCUGGGCCGCACGGGAACGGAGCAGCGCAGCGAGCAAGCCUUUGGGCGCCCCGAUUGAGCAAGCCCGACUCAGUGGACAGCUCCCUUGCUCUCCCUUUAAAACAGGGCUGGGGAACGUCGGGCCCAUGGGCGUACAAGCCCUGCGAAGUCAUUUGGUCUGGCCCUGCCAAGGCAUUAGUGCGAGGUGGCCCCACCGAGGGGAGCGGCCGAUGGGGAGCUGCUGCUGACCCAGCCCCCUGGGAGGUGCCCAGGAGACCCCUGCCCGAGCUUGCCCGGCGGAGGAUGGCUGGUGCCCGCCCCGGGGCAGAGCCCGCUCCUGAGGCCUUGCCAUGGUGACGAUCCUGAGGAAGAGCCUCGACACGCAGGGCGCCCACUCCACGGCCGGCAGGCCCUUCGACUCGGAGCUGCGCCCGCCGAAGAAGAUGAGUCACGGACCGACCCUUUUCUCUUGUGGAGUGAUGGAAAAUGACAGAUGGCGAGACCUGGACAGGAAGUGCCCCCUUCAGAUCGACCCGCCGAGCGCCAGCCUCUGGGAGCGCCUGCCCGAGCGGUGCCCGGACGGUGCCCUGUGGCACCCGGAGGCGGCGACCGCCUGCACCGUGACCAGCCUCAUCCAAGACCUCAGCCUCAGCGACCACAACGGGAACCCCUCCGCGCCCCCCAGCAAGCGCCAGUGCCGGUCACUGUCCUUCUCGGAUGAGCUGUCCAGCUGCCGGACCUCUUGGCGGCCCCUGGGGUCCAGGGUCUGGACCCCCGUGGAGAAGAGGCGUUGCUACAGCGGGGGCAGCGUGCCCCGCCUCGCCGGCGGCCCGGGCACCAUGCAGCGCAGCUCCAGCUUCAGCCUCCCGUCCCGCCCCGACGCGCUCGCCUCGCCCUGCGACCCCGCGGGCUUUCCCCGCCUCCUCGGGGGCCAGGCUGGCCCGGGGGCGCCCGGCGCGGCCACCUGCGGACAGGCUGACCUCUGGAGCCCAGACUUGAGCCCCGCGGGCGGCGCCCGGCUGGACAUGCAGCGGUCGCUCUCGUGCUCCCACGAGCAGUUUUCCUUCGCCGAGUUCUGCGCGCCCUCCGCCAGCAGCACGCCCGCCUCCACGCCCGAGCUGGCACGGCGCCCCAGUGGGCUGUCCCGCAGCCGCUCCCAGCCCUGCGUCCUCAACGACAAGAAGGUGGGCGUCAAGCGGCGGCGCCCCGAGGACGGGCCCGAGCAGAGGCCUUCCCUGGACCUGGCCAAGAUGGCACAGAACUGCCAGACCUUCAGCAGCCUGAGCUGCCUGAGCUCCGGGAUGGAGGACCGCGGCCCCUGCAGCCCCUUCGCCCUCCACGUCGGCAGCACCAGGUCCUGGGCCGCCCUGUUCUCCGCCGCUGCCUCCGGGCCCGGGGGCAGGACCCCGGCCGGGACCCCGGUGCCCGAGCCUCUCGCCCCCUCCUUCGAUGACCUGGCCUGCAAGGAGGAGCUGUGCUGGGAGGAGGCGGAGGGCCGCGCCCCGGACGGGGGCUGUGGCCGGCGGGGGGAGCCUGCCCCUGCCUGGCGGGACCGGGUGGCCGAGAGCAGCCCCUGCUCCCUGGACGGCGAGUUGGAUAUUGAACAAAUAGAGAAUAACUGAGACCCGGCCCCGGGCAGGUGGCGCACCAGGAUCCACGGCCUCGCUCUGGGCACGGCCUCCCUCUGGGCACCAGGAUCCACGGCCUCGCUCUGGGCACGGGCAGGCGCUUGAAGUGGGAGCCCCACUCCGGGGCCUGAGAAAGCGUCCGGAAGGAGUCGGGUCCCCGGGAGCGCGCCCCCUCCUCGCACAGAGGCGCUCCUGCUCGCAGAGCUCCCGGCCCAGGGCGCCCACCCGGCCACGCCACGCAGCGGAAUGGAGCCCGGCCCUGCCCAGCGCGGCCACGGGCCACAGAACUGCUGUGGGUUUGGGUCUCCCCGCCUUUUCCUCGUGGGACGUGGGCCCCACGUAUCCCAGGCACCUGCCGCGCACUCAUCCCCGCUCUGCCUGCUGCCCUGGCUGGGGUUUGACCCUCCGGGGCUUGUUGGGGCCUCAGGCCCAUCCCGGGGUGUCGGGUCCUUCUAGGCCUCCUGCUCAGGUUCCAUGGGGGGUCGCCCCCAGCUUCUUUAGCUCAGUCUUACUCUGUGCCUUGCCUCUGGGCCCCGCCUCAGGCUGGAAGGUUCCGGAGGCGCUUCCUUCUGCAGCAGCACCAGACCCGAGUGGCCUUAAUUCCAAGUGAGAGACAGAGGCCCGGGGCCGGGGGGCCUCCGCGUCUGAACUCUCGGGGCCAGGGAACAGCUUGGGGUGCUUGUCAGAGGCCAUCUAUGUGGGGCAGACGUGGGGUGGGGAGACAGACCCACUUACCUCCCCCGUGUGUGGCCAGCCCGGCCCCGUGGCUCCCGGCCACUCCGGGGGCCACCCUGCAGGGUUGGCAGGGGGCAGCCGUGCCCCGUGCCACCCCGUCACUGAGGGAUGGGCUUAGUUGAUUCCGGGAGCGGAGAGAUGACACCAUGGAAGGGCAACCUCUUGAAAACGUCCUCAGGAGGCAGGAGGGUGAGCAGGUGCACACGCCAGGCCUGUGCCCAGGUCAGGGUGCGGGUGCCGCUGGCCGCUCCGGGGCCUGGUCGAGGGCCUGCACAGCUCCCUGUGGAAUUCCAGGUGCAUGCCCGGUGAUGGUGGGCAUUCCCUGGGGGCUUUAAUCAGGGCCCCCCAUGCUCAGCGGUGGGAGUGGAGUGUGUUCAUUGCCGCCUCCUUGCCCAGCCCCACCGUAGGCACAGAGUUCAAGGCGCACACACAACCUCCCCCAUUCCCCCGCGCUCCAUCCGCCCUGCUCCUCGCACCCUGGCAGCCCUGGUGGCAGCGGCGAGGAGCCUGCCCCUGAGUUUUCACUCCGCCGCCCCGGCCCGGCCCAGCUGCAGACGACCGCGUGGCUGUUGGAAUUGGGCCUUGGUGACCUCGGCACCUUCCGCACACAAUAGCCAUUGGGGGCGCUUAUGAGCUGUGGCUCCUCCCAGACGGCUAGUAACAGCCGGUGCGCCCUGGAGUCCUCACGGGGUCAAGCCCGUUCGGUCACCGUUCGCUCUCUGCCAGCAGCCCUGCCUCCCUCCUGCCGUUCACACCAAAGGCAGGUCCCACGGAAGCUCUCCUUAAACCUGCACUUUUUACAUCAAAAGGGGUGGCUUUUUCUACAAAUCAGCAGAGGCCGCUUGCAGAAAACCCAGCCGUGGCCGUGGCCGUGGGGAUGGUGUUGAGAUCCCCGUUGAUGGGCAUGCGGGCACUGGGCGGGGCCCUGGGCGCCAACCAGCUUUGCCCGAGUGGCUCCCACCCAAGGCACGUCCCCUCGGGGCCAUCGAGCACAUCUCGCCCGUCCCCACUGGGCGGCUUGUGGAGGGCACGUGUUCUUAGCGGGGAGAGGAGCUGCAUUCAGAGGCUGCGUGCUCCCUGUGCUCAGCAGCCCGGGGGGGAGGCACUGGGAUUCGGUUGCCGCCAAGAAGAGAGGCCACGGCCUCUACGGCAGGCCCUCCUGGGAAGGAGCAGGGCCCGCCUCCCGGUCCACACCGCAGGCGCCCACAGCGAGGGGGGCUGAGCCAGGACGGCCUGGGCAGCGGCCCCACAUGCCUUUCCUCGGGCGAAGGAGGGAGCCAUGUGGCAGGGGGUGGCCCAGGGCUGCGGUGCAGGUGACCUCAGACCCAUCCUCCCCUCCUGCCCCUGUGGGUCCCGUCCACCAGCCCCCCACCCCCACCCCGCCCAGGGCACUGUCAGGAAGGGGGACCCCAGCCCCGCAGGGCUUGGCCCUCUCCUGUCUCCAGGCCCCUCUGGGCUGUGCUGCCCCGGAAGCUCCUUGGCCACGCCCACAGCCCACACUGCAGCAGUGAGGGGAGGGGACAGCCUGGGGCUGGUUGUAUGGUUGUCUUUUGGUUGGAGAGGGCAGCCUUCUUCUAGAAGGUUCUGCCACGCUGCCCUGCCCAGAGAGGCCCAUCUGCUCCACCCCCCAGCCCCUCUGGUUUUGGAGGGAGGCUCCCUCUGACCUGUGUUGACUGUCCCCAGGGGCCGGGGGCAGGCUGGCGGCUCGCCUGCCGGAGCCUCUCUAGUUAGGGUCCUGCCUCAUGGCCACUGCCCAUGAACUACUCUGAGGGGGCGGGAGGACAUCACAGCCAGGAGGGAGGGCAGGGCUGCCGGGUCCUGCAGAACAAGGGCUGGGGCGUGGCUCUGGGCGAUGGGUGGGGAGGAGAGGCCCCCUCACCCCAAAGGAGCACCCUCCCAGCCGCCGGGCUCCCAGGCCCCGAUGAUGGUGGUGAACCCCGCCCGCCCCAGGGCGUGGGGCGGGGUGCUGCCGGCCUCAGCGUUUACGUGCCACAACCGCUUGCCUUACUCCCGUGGCCGGGCCCACGGCCCACGGCCUCCCGGCCACAGGGCGUGUCCUGACAAAACGCAGAUUCCCAUUCUCAGAAAGCCUUACUUUUCAACGAGAUUUUUGUAGCAGGAGAGUUUUGUGAGUUUGUUUGCCGGAAGAAAAUGUCAAUAAAGGAGAAGCCACGUGAUCAAACCAAACCUAACGUCUGAAUGGGUGUCCCUGUGCAGAGAGCGUGUGGCUUCCCACCCGCCGGUGCUGCCCAGGGCCUUCGGGCACUGCCUGUCGCAGCAGCCUCCCCGGCAUCGACCCCCGCAGCCCCUCCCAGGUGGCCCUGCCACAGAUCGGGCGCAGCGGCCCGUGCCCUGCGCCUCCGCCUCCGCUCAGGCUAACGGCGUGCCCUCUGGCCUUGGGGCGGUCACCUCAGGGAUGGCCGCUCGGGCUGUGUGCCCGGGCGUGAGCAGUCCCUGCAGACACCGGCUGUGGCGGCCCUGCCUGGCCCGUGGGUGCGGCCCAUGGGCUGCCUCUUGCCAAUCACCCAGUUGCUCAAACCCCUCCCACUGGCGCCAGCGCAGAAAACCAGGCCUCUUUAAAGAACAAGACGAAAGGAAGAAGUCCCAGGCCACAGACCGGGAGACUGACCUAGCACCGUCUCUCUGGCAAAUUGUGUUGUCGGUGUGUGGGGUGUCCUGGGGGCUCGGGGACAGUGAGCCUGUGUCUGGGGCUGGGCGUCCUUUCGCAAAACUCCAGGCAGGGUGGCAGCCCGGGCGGGUGGGGUCUGGCCACCUCCGCCUCCGCGGCUGCCCCCCUCCCCACGGGCCACGCUGUCUUGCACUAGAGCCCUCUAGUCUCAGGAAUUCGCUUGUUACUUUUACUGUGUAAAUAAAGCUUCCUGGUUUAAUAUCUAACCGCCA